AUGAACAUCAGCUCUUCCUCAAGCGCUGAAGAGAACCCAAAGAAACAGGCAAAAAAACCCAAAGAGCAUGGUCCUGACCCUUCGGCGAAUCCUUUCCACUUGUCUGGGGAUGUGGAUUUCUUCUUGCUCAGAGAUCAGGAGCGGAAUAAGGCUCUCUCCGAGCGGCAGCAGCAGAAGACGAUGCGAGUGCACGAGAAGAUGACCUACUCCUCCAAAGUGUUGGCUAAGCGCACCAGCUUGCGACGGCAGCUGCAGCUGGAGGAUAAGCAGGAGGACCUGGAGGCGCGCACCGAGGCAGACCAUCUGCGCGCCUUCCGCGACUACAAUACCUGGAAGCUCACCUUGACCAAAGAAAAGAAUGUGGAACCUGAGAACAUGAGUGGCUACCUUAAGCAGAAGCGGCAAAUGUUCCUCCUCCAGUAUACCCUGGAUUGCAAACGGAGAGAGAUCCAGCGGCUGGAGACACUGGCCACCAAAGAGGAGGCCAGGCUGCAGCAGGCCGAGAAGUCCCUGGCGAAGGAUGCCGCCUUGUUCGACGAGUUCCUCAGGGAGAACGACUGCAGCUCCGUGCAGGCCAUGAAAGCGGCUGAGAAGGAGACCAAAGCCAAGAUAGAGAAGAUCCUUGAAAUCCGGGACCUCACCACCCAGAUUGUUAAUAUCAAAAGUGAGAUCUCCAGAUUUGAAGACACUCUGCAGCAUUACAAGGUCUACAAGGAUUUCCUAUACAAGCUGUCGCCCAAGGAGUGGCUUGAAGAACAGGAAAAGAAACACUUGUUUCUCAAAAAUGCCAAGGAGAUCUCCGAGGCUUCCAAAGACGGCAGUGUUAACUCCACACCAGGGGACAAAGGACCAGGGAUCAAGGGCAAGGCGAGCUCUGUGUGGGCCAAAGAGGGUCAGGGCACAAAGAAGCCCUGGAGGUUUCUGCGGCUGGGGCGGAGCCUGUCUUACCUGAGCAGCCCCCAGCAAGGCAGCCAGCCCAGUGAGUCUAGCGGUGGCAACUCCAGAGGGUCGAACUCUCCCAUCCCCCUCACGCAGGAGGACACCGACAGCGAUGGGGAGGAACCACAGCUGUACUUCACGGAGCCCCAGCAGCUCCUGGAUGUCUUUCGAGAGCUGGAAGAGCAGAACCUGUCGCUGAUCCAGAACAGGCAGGAGAUGGAGGAGACCCUGGAGGAGCUGAGCCGCACCCUGAAACACACACAGAUCCGCAUGGACAGGGAGGUCAACCAGCUGAAGCAGUGGGUCAGCACGAUGAUGAUGUCCAUCACCAAGGAGGAGGACACAGCAGCUGAGCUGGAGCUCAAAGCCCGAGUCUUCCACUUUGGCGAGUACAAGGGUGAUCAGCAGGAUAAGCUGCUAGAGAGCCUGAACUGGAAGGUGCUGGACGUGUAUCGGAACUGCAUCGGCACCCAGCAGGAGGCCAACCUGGGCACCGUGCAGAUGCUGACCAUCAUUGAGCACCAGCUGGAUGAGCUGCUAGAGAACCUGGAGCGCGUGCCCCAGGUCAAGAUCGAGCAGGCCGAGAGGGCAAAGGAGAAGGAGCGGCGCAUCAGACUUCGAGAAGAGAAACUCCAGAUGCAAAAGAUCCUACAGGAGGAGCGUCUGGGGGGGGCCCGGGCGCGUGCCCAGGCUGAGAUCAAGAAGAAGGUAGGCAGGGUCGCCCCGGGGGUCUCUGCUGGAGGGGGUCCCAAGACAGCAUGGCAGCUGAGGUCCUGCAGCCCAAGCCCCCAAUGCCCCCACUCUGAAGCAUUCACUGAGGCUCUGAGGGAGACAGCCUGCCUUCAGAGCAAGGCUCUCCCAGGACCUGCUUCCUGCAGGGCGCUCUUCCCCAGCCUGCCAGCUCAUGGCCCAUGCCAGGCUGAGACUGGUUCAGCCAUGCCCACCCACCCCAGCCAGGUACACUCUGCUCAGGAACAGGGUCCCACCACCCUACCCACACUCCGGCCAGACCCCAAGCCCUGCUCACUGCCUGUCACUGGGGUCCCCCUACUGCUGUGUCCCCAGGCCUCCGCCCUUCCUGCCUUCUGACCCUGGCAACAGGAAGCGGGUCCCCCUGCUCCCACAUUUAAGAGGUGGUGAUCCAGGGACCAGACUUGAUAAAUGCCAGGCAGACUCACAUCCCCAGUUAUUUCAGAGUUAACUCCAGCCCUCAGCCUGCAGGGCUGCCCAGAGUGGGCUGGAGCUGACUGGAGCUGCUGGGCCUCUCCCUGCACCAGGGGCAGGGGUACAUGGGCAUACGGCUCACUGGGCUUGUUUCCCCUGCAGAGAGGCAGGACAUUGGUAUGCCGCUCACAACCCCCAGUCCACAGGAUCAAACAAGAGUCUGAGCACACACUGAUGGACAAGGAGAAGG